UGGGCAGAUUUUGGAACUAGAAGUCUUCUCCUCUGUAAGAAAUUAUGUGAACUGUGAAUUUCAUCAAUCUACUGAAUAUGUGUGUGCUGUUUGUGCCUCAGUUAUGUUGACAGCAAGGAACGAAUUUCAAAAGGAAUUAUAUAUAAGAGGUUUAAACGAUACACCCUUCGCACACCUAAUUACGAAAUUAAUUAAAUUAAUUGCCCUUUCGUUCGGUACAACACUCUUGAAAAGGGCUGUUUACUCGGACAGAUUUGCAACUUCUCGUCUUUGGCCAUCUCUCUCUCAUGGCUUUGACAACGGCUUCUAAAACUUCUGACAUCGACGGUCGAGUUGUCCCUAGACAGUGAACGAGUUUUGUGUAGGCCGUGCUCAAAUGAUUCUUAUCACUUUGGUUCACGGUCGAAUUGUUCUGCCCCUCCCCCUCACUCCCACCUACCACCCAUGAUUUAUUUGCCAUCAUGUCAUCAUGUCAGCGUUUCAACCAAGCGUGACAGCGGUGCACCAAGUGUUCCACGUUGUUUCCCGGAUCCAUUAAGCCGAUUAAGGUCUCGAUGUGAACACUGCACCCCGGACCCUGCAGUCGUAUCACGAAACGAGGACAGUAAGAUCGACGGAGAAAGAAGGAAAAAAAAAAUCUGACUGUUGGUCUUUUGCAGAAUGUUGACUUUAUCAAACGUCGUGGGACCACCUUCACGCUCGGUAAGAGUCGACUGAAACAAAAAAAAAAAUUCUGCAUUUUAUAUAUUUACUCUCCUUAUAAUGUCAUAGUUCUUUAGUAGUUUCAGGAAACUGGUGUUUUGUUUAUAUUUGUAGAUAUUUUUCUUGUCUAACUAUCGCUUUCCAACGAAUUGUAUUAUUAUAUACGUGCUGCUACAAACUGAAAGAUUUGCAUGUCUACUCAUAAUGUGAGGUCCGGGAUACAAAUGAUGUGAGAUUUCGCAACAAGUAGGGCACAUUCAUACCCGCUGACAAAGUCGGAUGAGUCGACACGGUUGAGCUGCCGUGUUUCUCUAAUAAACUUAGAUGUAUAACCACAGACUUCGGUAUAGCACCAUGCACUCAUAUUCACAUUUAACAGACACGCUCACCUCUAUAACAGAUCACAUACCUUACAUAAGUAAAUACGGACACACUUUAUGCAUGCUCAUGGUCAACAGAUGUCAAUGAAGUUAAUGAAAUUUUAUACAGCCACAGAGAUGAAAAAAAAUCACUUAAUUUUUGUAGUUAUCUUUAGUAUUAUCUUCUAUUUCAUUCAUACAACUAGGAAAAUUUAUUACACACUGUGGAUGCUGCAUUUACAAAGAAGCUGCUUUUUACACUUAAUUAUUGACACCCUAUUCCGCCAACAAUAAAUACAACGAAUACUAGCAUUUGCUGGUGUUUAAAUAAUACAAUCUUCGAUUGCCUCUUAGCUGAUUUCCAGGACCAAUCCUUUUUAAAAUUCUUUGCCACAAAAGCCCUCCAUGAUGGAUUUGAUAGUAACCUGAAAAUAUCAACAAACCGUGGCAUGCAAAAAAUCACUUUGAUUAAAUGCAUUUUCUUAAAACUAGCUUAUCAUUAAUUUAGUGUACAUUAAUUCAUUAAGCUUCUCCUAUGCAAAUUCUUCAGUCAUGGAACUGAUGUAUUGUCCACUGAUGUAUUGUCCUUUGAUGCGGGCGUGUGUGUGUGUGGGUGUGUGUGUGCUCACUUCUGCCAUUGCUGAUGUUAUUGUUGAUGUCUUUGAUUUUUACUGACUGCUUGCAUGCUGGAAGACAAAUCUCCUUUUCUGGACAAUAAAGUAAUCUUAUCUAUCUUAUCUAUCUAUCUUUAUAGUGUUGUGAACUUCAUCAUUUAUUGAAAUGUCUUCAUGAUAUGUUAAAACUAUAUCAUAUUGCAUCAUAUGCAAUGCAAAUUAAUGGAAGACGUAUUUUUGAUCAGACUUUAAAUAGAUAUAAUUUCUUCUUGAAAAAAUCUUCAACUAUAGCUUGCAUGUAUGCCUGAUUCACAAAGAUCUUGGAUUCAUAUAGUAAGAAAAUACUCAUAUAGUAAGAAAAGAAAAUGAAAAUACAAACAACGAUCAGGUACAAAUUGGUCUCCUGUCUGCAAACUCAUGCCUAUCCCUAUACUUUUUGUUUUGUGUUUGUUUCAAAAAUUCGUGUUGCAAGCUGGACCAUGGUGCUAACUUACUGUUAGGAAUGAAAGGAGGGAAACGUUGAUUGGCGAUGAUGUGCAAAAGGUCCCAUGUCGUCAAUAUAGUUCGUGGGUCCUUAGAGAAGCUGCAUGAGUCUUUGUAGCCAAAGAGAGUUUCAAAAAACUUUAUUUACAGUUUUAUACAAUGGCCUUCACUUACAGACACACUGGCAGUCGGUUAGAUACGCUGGAACAUGAUUAACAGCGACACAGGAUGAAAGUAAACAGAGACACCCGCUGACAACGGCGAUCCAUAUGCUGGUUGUGUGAGCAUAAACAAAAAUGCCUGGGCCUAUCACUGAUCCCUUUCCACACUCCAUGGUGCAGCAAGCUGAUGUGCACUUGAUUUAUUAGAAAAGUGGACUCUUGGACUUCUCCGAGGAUGCAGCUAUGCAACAGAAGCAACUUUUGAGACAAGGGACAGCCAUUUAAGCUACACAAGUUGGAGAACGGUCCAUCCACAUCUGUGAAAAUUACUAAGGAGGAGGCUCUACAAUACUACAGAGAUAUGCUGGUCAUCCAACAAAUGGAAACCAAAGCACAUGAAAUGUGCAUGGAAAGAGUCAUCCGUGGAUUCUGCCACCUGUACUUUCGACAGGAGGCAGUGGCAGUGGGUGUGGAACAUGCUAUCACAAAAGAAGAUGCAGUGAUCACCUCUCACCGUGCCCAUGGGUGGACCUACAUGCGGGGUGUCUCAGUUCUGGGCAUUAUGGCAGAGCUCGCAGGUAGAGCAUCAGGGUGUGCGAAAGGUAAGGGAGGCUCCAUGCACAUGUACUGCACAAAUUUCUAUGGAGGGAAUGGCAUUGUUGGUGCCCAGGUUCCACUGGGAGCAGGGAUAGCCUUCGCCAUGAAGUACAGCAAAAAAAGCAAUGUCUGCGUGACAGUGUAUGGUGAUGGAGCUGCCAACCAGGGUCAGAUAUUUGAAGCCUUCAACAUGGCCAAGUUGUUGGACUUACCAUGUAUAUUUGUCUGUGAAAACAAUCUCUAUGGCAUGGGCACCUUGGCAGAGAGAGCUUCUGCCAACACAGACUUCUACAAAAGAGGAGACUAUAUUCCAGGAAUAUGGGUUGAUGGAGUGGAUGUUCUGGCUGUGAAGUCUGCAACAGAAUUUGCCAAGGCAUUUGUCCUCAAAAAUGGUCCAAUCCUUUUGGAAGCAAGCACAUAUCCUCGUUACCAAAUCUACCUAAGGGGUGAUAUUUUCAGAAGUCGUGAAGAGGUUCUGAAGUUAGAUGAAAUUGCAUAUGAAUGGACACGAGAGCCAAUUCGUGACAUGAAAAAACGUAUCCUUUCAGCUGAACUGGCUACUGUGGAUGAUCUACAGAAUAUUGACAACGAGAUUCGUCAAGAGGUAAAGGUAGCAGCAGAGAGGUCAAAAAUUGAUCCUGAGCUUCCAGUAGAAGAAGUAUACACAAAUAUCUACCACCAGCCACCUCCUGAUUUCCGUGUGCGAGGGUGUGACCCUACCAUCAAAGCAGCUACACGUUAAACCAGUUCUUAAAAAAAGAGGCAGUUUAUUCCUAGAAAUAGUGUUUGGAUUUUAUUGAAAAAUGUUUCCUAAUUCUUAUGUGAUAGAGGCUUUUAGUUUUGAAAAACAAAAAAUGUUGAUAAUCUUGAUUGGUUUUAUAAUAGGAUAAUUUGAUUUUAAGAAUUUAAAAAUUAGUUUACCUGCCUUUGGUGCUUGCAACCAUGUUUUUAUUGUGUAAAAUGUACUAUUGUGUGUGUUGAGAGUUUGCGGGCAGCUACAUGCAUGUGGGGUGGGGCUGACAUAAUGUUCUUUUAUGCAUGCUAUUAAUUACAACCUUAUGGGUCAGUGCAUUUCACAAAAUAUAAAAUCUCCGUAGGACAGUGGUAUAAUUUCCAACAGCUUUUAUACCUUUUUUCUAAGAUGCAAGAAAGUAAUUAACAUGUAGAACAUAAGAAUCACAACAACAUCAACAACAAAUGGGUCUCACUCAGUUUGCUUAGUUUACAGCGAAUUAUUAGCUGAGCAUUUUAAAUAUUAUAAUGCAGUUGUGUAAUAUUAUACUCUUCCAGUAAAUCUUUGUCG